AGAAAAAACCUAAACCCCAAAUAUUAACAUAGAACUAAACGUGUCGUCGUUUCAAACAGAAAAAUGGAGGUCACAUAAAUUUGGUAUAAGCAGAUCGAUGGAGCAAACAAGAAGAAGAAGAAGAUAUAGCCCUUAAAGAUAACAUGAACAGCAGAAACGCAAGCGGAAGUAGUAAUAACUACAACAGUAACCCUAAUAGACCAGCAUGGUUACAACAAUACGACCUAAUUGGUAAGAUCGGUGAAGGUACAUAUGGACUCGUCUUCUUAGCACGAACUUUAAAUCAACCUAAUAGAGGCAAAUGCAUUGCUAUCAAGAAAUUCAAGCAAUCCAAAGAUGGAGAUGGAAUUUCCCCUACUGCAAUCCGUGAAAUCAUGUUACUCAGAGAAAUUACCCAUGAAAAUGUGGUUAAGCUUGUCAAUGUACAUAUCAAUCCUGCUGAUAUGUCACUUUAUCUCGCUUUUGAUUAUGCUGAGCAUGACCUAUAUGAAAUUAUAAGACACCACAGAGAGAAAGUUAGCCAAUCUAUUAAUCAGUACACUGUUAAGUCACUGCUCUGGCAGCUUCUCAAUGGGCUGAACUAUCUGCACAGUAAUUGGAUUAUACACCGAGAUUUGAAGCCUUCCAACAUACUGGUUAUGGGUGAUGGGGAUGACCAAGGUGUUGUCAAAAUUGCUGAUUUUGGACUUGCUAGAAUAUACCAAGCUCCGUUGAAGUAUCUAUCUGAAAAUGGGGUUGUAGUAACAAUUUGGUAUCGUGCACCUGAGCUGCUUCUUGGAGCCAAACACUAUACAAGCGCCGUUGAUAUGUGGGCUGUUGGAUGCAUUUUUGCUGAGCUUCUGACGUUAAAACCUCUAUUUCAAGGAGUGGAAGUCAAGGCUACGCAAAACCCAUUUCAGCUCAAUCAGCUUGAAAAGAUAUUUAAAGUCUUGGGCCAUCCGACACCAGAGAAGUGGCCAACGCUCGUGAAUCUUCCACAUUGGCAAUCAGAUCAACAACAUAUCCAGGGUCUUAAAUAUGAAAAUCCUGGUCUUUAUAGUGUUGUUCAUCUGCCUCAGAAAAGUCCUGCAUAUGACCUCCUUUCAAAGAUGCUCGAAUAUGAUCCACGUAAGCGUCUAACAGCAGCACAAGCUCUGGACCAUGAGUACUUCCGCAUUGAGCCUUUGCCAGGACGCAAUGCACUUGUACCUAGCCAACUUGGAGAGAAAGCUGUGAGUUAUCCUAUUCGUCCAGUUGACACUACUACAGAUUUCGAGGGAUCCACCAGUGUCCAAGGUUCCCAAUCGGUACCUUCUGGAAAUAUGGCAAGUGGAGUUGGUGCCUCUGGAGUGGCACCUAGACCUGUCCCUCGGCAAAUGCCUCCCAUGGUUGGAAUGCAACAAAGGAUGCCUGGUCCAGGCAUGACAGGUUUCAAUCUUGCUUCUCAGGCUGGCCUGCCCAGUGGUAUGAAUCCAGGUGGUAUCCCGAUGCAGCGUGCAGUUUCCCAGGCUCAUCAACAGCAACAGUUGAGAAGAAAAGAUCCAAAUAUGGGGAUGCCUGGAUAUCCACCGCAACAGAAAUCAAGACGUUUCUGAGCAGAAUUCAAAUACCUCAAUGAUCGGUAACUUACUGAUAUUCGAUAUUCAGAUAGUAAAAUGCUGUCCAUACCUGUGAAGAACUGAAGAGUUGCUAACAUCAACUUAGACUAAAUCAGGGAGCUCGUCCAGUUAUCUUUUUUUAUUGUCUGAUCCUGCUCGGUAUCCAGUAAAAUGUAAAUUAAUCAUAGUUCUUUUAGGUGCUAAUUUGUACUUUUUUUUUUGAUAAAAUAACAAAACUAAGGAGCAAGGUUUACAGAGUUAACAUUACAUAUUUUUUUAAGAAAAACAAGUUUCCUAUUA